CCCGUGAGAGUCAUAUGAUUUACAUAUUCCUUCACAACAUCAUGGCUGAAGGCAUGGAAGACAAGCGUUUUGCUGGACACCAGGCAUGUCAUCCUCCAAGUAUUCAUAGCAUUACUGAAAUAACCAAAGAUUUAAAUAUUGAAAUGUGUGAUCGAGAACUACGGGAAAAUCAAGAGGUGAUUGCAGGCUUUUGCGAGACAACCUUCCAGAGAUUGUAUGAAUUAAAAGAAUCAAAGUUGCCAGUGAAGUAUCCCCGGAUGAUUGGGAACCAGCCUUCUGCAGAGGACAAUCCAUUCAAUGCUUGGUAUUGGAGAUGUGAUAUUUCUGGCGCUCCAGAAGGUAAACUACUUGGUAAAACCAUCGCAAUAAAAGAUAACAUCGCAGUUGCUGGUAUUCCAAUGAUGAACGGGUCGCAACUUCUGGAGGGUUAUAUUCCAGAUAUUGAUGCCACUGUUGUGACCAGAGUGUUGGAUGAAGGCGGACGAAUUCUUGGCAAAGCUGUUUGUGAAAAUUUGUGCUUUAGCGCAGGUAGUUUUUCAGCUGCAAAUGGACUCGUAAGGAACCCUUUUGAUCCUUCAAAAAUGUCUGGAGGAUCAUCUUCAGGAUGUGCUGUUCUGAUAAGAAAUGAAAACGUAGACAUGGCUAUAGGAGGAGAUCAGGGAGGCUCGAUACGCAUACCAGCAGCGCUCUGUGGUAUUGUGGGAUUGAAACCAACAUUCGGAUUGGUGCCUUACACUGGUAUUGGAAGUAUUGAACCAACUAUUGACCACACUGGACCCAUGGCGAUGACAGUAAAAGAUACAGCAUUACUUUUAGAGGUAAUAGCUGGUUAUGAUGAUGGUUUGGACCAUCGUCAACCACGUGAUAUCAAGAUUCCCAGCUAUACCAAUGGGUUGACAGGUGAGAUUGAAGGUGUGCGUGUGGGCUUAGUAAAUGAAGGAUUUGAUGUAAGUGAGAAAGAUGUGAAUGACCUGGUGAGAAAAUCAGCUGAGAGAUUACGCGAGAAAGGCGCAGUGGUUGAAGAUGUCUCAAUACCAUGGCACUCGGAUGGACAUCAUUUGCUUUCUGGUAUUUUGUUAUCCAACUUUUCUGCCCUCUUUGAAGGCGAGUGUUCAACAACUCAAGGAUAUCACAACACACAUUUACAACUUGCUUUAACACGUGGCCUAAAUUGUCACCCUAAUGAUAACACGCCUAUUGUGAAGAACGGGCUUGUGUGCGAGAGAUACCUUCACAACAAUCACUAUCGUGGGUAUUACUAUAGCAAAUCCCAGAAUUUACGGCGAGAUUUGCGUCAAGCAUAUGACGAUGCUUUCAAGAAAUAUGAUGUCCUCAUAAUGCCAACUAUCCCUAAGACAGCAGCAGAAUUUCCUUCCAAGAAUCCUCCACUUUCUGAAUAUAUUGAGAAAGCCUUGGGAAUGACCAAGAACACUUCUCCAUUUGAUGUCUCCGGUCAUCCAUCAUUGUCGAUCAGCGUUGGAUGUUUAAAACGUUUACCUGUGGGAAUGAUGAUCACUGGUAAAAUGUUUGAUGAAGAAACAGUCCUGAAUGUGGCGUAUGCGUUUGAACAGCUACGGGAUAAUGCAUAAACUAUAUGAAUGAGAUGUCAACUAAUCUUAUUACAGUAGUUUGCAACUAGUCAGGGAACGAGAUAAUAGGACAUGUAGGAAAAAUAAGCAAGUGUAAUUACUUAGCACCUCAUCAAGGUUAUCACACCUCACAGUCAGUGGCUGCCGCUGAACGGAUAUAAAGUGGCUGAAUGCAAAGCAGUAGGCUGAACUGAAAAAUUGGGAUCUCACAGGUGAUAUUCUCACUAGUAUAUUAUAUAAUAAUGAAUAUAGUUAUAAGUGAAAUCUGUUGUGAGUGAAAGGCAAGAGAUAUCUUUAUAGAGUAAGGUGUAAGCGAUGAUAUUGUUAGUUUUUCCGUCAUAAUAUAUCAUU